CUGGCUGCGGCUCCUCAGUCGGCGGCGGCUGCUGCUGCCUGUGGCCCGGGCGGCUGGGAGAAGCGGAGUGUUGGUGAGUGACGCGGCGGAGGUGUAGUUUGACGCGGUGUGUUACGUGGGGGAGAGAAUAAAACUCCAGCGAGAUCCGGGCCGCGAACGAAAGCAGUGACGGAGGAGCUUGUACCACCGGUAACUAAAUGACCAUGGAAUCUGGAGCAGACAACCAGCAGAGUGGAGAUGCUGCUGUAACAGAAGCUGAAAAUCAACAAAUGACAGUUCAAGCCCAGCCACAGAUUGCCACAUUAGCCCAGGUAUCCAUGCCAGCAGCUCAUGCGACAUCUUCUGCUCCCACUGUGACCUUAGUGCAGCUGCCCAAUGGGCAGACAGUCCAAGUCCAUGGAGUUAUUCAGGCGGCCCAGCCAUCAGUUAUUCAGUCUCCACAAGUCCAGACAGUUCAGUCUUCCUGUAAGGACUUAAAAAGACUUUUCUCCGGAACUCAGAUUUCAACUAUUGCAGAAAGUGAAGAUUCACAGGAGUCUGUGGAUAGUGUAACCGAUUCCCAAAAACGAAGGGAAAUUCUUUCAAGGAGGCCUUCCUACAGGAAAAUUUUGAAUGACUUAUCUUCUGAUGCACCAGGAGUGCCAAGGAUUGAAGAAGAAAAGUCGGAAGAGGAAACUUCGGCCCCUGCCAUCACCACUGUAACGGUGCCAACCCCAAUUUACCAAACUAGCAGUGGGCAGUAUAUUGCCAUUACCCAGGGAGGAGCAAUACAGCUGGCUAACAAUGGUACCGAUGGGGUACAGGGCCUGCAGACAUUAACCAUGACCAAUGCAGCUGCCACUCAGCCGGGUACUACUAUUCUACAAUAUGCACAGACCACUGAUGGACAGCAGAUUCUAGUGCCCAGCAACCAAGUUGUUGUUCAAGCCGCCUCUGGCGAUGUACAGACAUACCAGAUCCGCACAGCGCCCACUAGCACCAUUGCCCCAGGAGUUGUUAUGGCGUCCUCCCCAGCACUUCCUACACAGCCUGCUGAAGAAGCAGCACGAAAGAGAGAGGUUCGUCUAAUGAAGAACAGGGAAGCAGCAAGAGAAUGUCGGAGAAAGAAGAAAGAAUAUGUGAAAUGUUUAGAGAACAGAGUGGCAGUGCUUGAAAACCAAAACAAGACAUUGAUUGAGGAGCUAAAAGCACUUAAAGACCUUUACUGCCACAAAUCAGAUUAACUUGGGAUUUGAAUGUUCACCUGUUGGUGGAAAAUGGACUGGAUUGGCCACAACCAGAAAGACAAAAUAAACAUUUAUUUUCUAAACAUUUCUUUUUUUCUAUGCGCAAAACUGCCUGAAAGCAACUACAGAAUUUCAUUCAUUUCUGCUUUUGCAUUAAACUGUGAAUGUUUCAACAACUACUUCCACUUCUCCCAUCAAGAAACGUGCAGCACCAGGAAUCAUGAAAAGACUUCUGCUCUCCAUCUCUCACCAUCCUCAAGAAGUAAUAAUUUGUUUAUUUGUAAAUUGUUGGCGGGUAUGAGGAAAAUGAAAUCUUGGCUUUUUAAUUUUUGUUUUAGGUUUGUUUUGUUUUGUUUUUGUUUGUUUUCUUUUUAAUGAUUUCAAGGUUUGUGCUGAACUCCAUGACUGCCUUAGGGACAGAAUUGCCCAGCCUCUUGAGCUGAAAUAAUGUGUGGGGCGCAUAAGGAAAGUAAGUAAGGUGCAAUGAAGAAGUGCUGAUUGCCAAGUUGAUGUUUUUACACUCAUUGUGAAUUAUGUGAAACUGGUCAAAGAUGUACCCUCUAAAUAAGGGUCUUAGCUCAGUGUUGAGGAGUAAGCUUUUUAUGUAUACUCUUUCUUGAGUACUGACUAAAAGUUGUCCCUGGUUCUGAGAAGCAUCCUGUAUUACCCACAGCUCUUCUGUGGGGCCGUUGUUACUUCUUAAUUCAGUUCUGUGUGUUCAGAAAUUUGAAUACAUUAAAAGAAGUAACCAAGUGAGUGAAAAGCAUGGUAUGUGAAUUUUGAGUUAAGUUAAAAUCAAAGCAUAAAGCUUAUUUUGACUAGUACUAAAUCGUAAUGAACUGGUAAAGGAAGCCUGCUCCUUGAGUAUAUAACAAGGUUUUUAUAAAUAAAAGCUUUUGUCCUUGCUUCCAAAACUCCUUAUAUUGUCACUCAUUUACCUAAAAAGCUAUUUAUGAUUCACUGUUGCAUUUACAUUGUGCCACCAACAGGAAAGUUUUCAAGAUGUCCCAGAAAAGUACUAACUGACAACCUUUGCUAUAGUCACAUACUUUAUCAGAAAGUGUGAUUCUAAAACAUUGUGUUAAAUGCACACGAGAAAAAUAAUUUUCUUCAGGCAUUGGUGUGUCUGCUGUGGUACAACAUUUGGCAAAACACUUUUUUUUUCCUCCCCAACAAAGGUGGUACUGCUAUAGUUAUUCAGUAGCUACUAUUUCUAAAGACCCCCCCCCAUUUAAGUCCUGACUCAUAGUCUGCAUUUAUAUGUAACCUUGUUUCUGAUAAGACUUAGUGAUAGCUGCUUAUAGUCACUAAGUCUGAUAAAAUCGAAACUCUUUAAGUUUUUAAAAGACAAAGAUGAGGAAGGUGGAGCCUGGCAUGUUAGAUUUCUUCAUGUUUGAGAACAAACUUGGACUCCAGAUUGUUUUAUAUUUGCUCUUGGGAUAGUAAGAAGGCUAGUGUUAAUGUCAGUAUACACAUGAGCAUUAGAUAUUUGGCCCAUUUUUAAAAAUAAGACUUUAGGUUACUACCUAUAAAUGUUAUACAUUAUUUGUAACAAACCACUGUCUUUUUUCAAGGAGGAACAGUUUGUGAAGGAGCAUAAUUCUAAGACUUGAGUGUUAUAAUCCUUAUGUUUGGACAGUUUGCCAGAUUCUCAAGAAGGCUUUCAAACGACUAAAGUUUGAUGUUUUUCCUGCUGAGCUUACUGGGAAAGAACAUAAAAUUGUCUGUAUAUCAGCAUGUAGAUGUAUCAUUUGCUAAACUUGGUGAAACAAAAAUGAAGCAAAGUCACAAAUCUGUUGACAAACUGGAAUUCUCAUUAAGUCAAGAUGUCAGAUUGAGUAUUUUAAAUGUCACAAGUGGAGAAAUUGACUAGUGCUUUGAAGUUUUAAUCUCUUAAGUGUCUAUCUUCAAAAGUUGAGGCUUUCUCCACAAUUAGGAAAUCGGUGAUCUCCAUAAACCUUCACAAACCAAGGCAGUCUCAAUCACACUUAGUAGCUGGAUAGAUUGUAAUUUGCAGAGGCCAGGGCCUUUAUGCCUGGAGCAUGAGUAUACUGGUGAGAAAUACAUGGAGUUGCUAAAGCUAACUUGAAAUUUUCAGCUUCUACAGAAAGAAAUCAAGCCUCUUUAAGCUUUUUUAAUAUUAGAAAAAAAAAAACACUUUGUUUUUGAGCUAUGUGGAGAAUCUUUCUUAAGAAAAUGACAUAAUUUUUAAAAUACUCUUAUAUCCAAGAUUGUAUGUGGCCACAUUACUGGUGAUGUUUUUCUCUUCAUAUUGGCCAAAAGGGACUGAAGAUGUUGUCAUAGGAAUCUGUACAUACGCUACUGAUUUGCCUAGAAAACAGCAAGUUUGGUAUUGCUCACUUUGCAUAUGUAGGGCCAUGUGGCGCUUUUAUCUAUAGGACAGAUUAACUAAUAAAAAUAAAAUGGGGAGGGGUUUAUUUUUGAUAUAUUACUCUUCUGAGUUUUCAAGCUUUGAUAGUGUUUAACUGAAAAGUGGUUUAGAAAGGGCUAGAUCCAAUAUGUUCAUAUUUAAAAAAUUGAUGAGAUACAACCUAAGUUCUUUAUCAAAAGCAAGUACCGUAUUAGCAACCAUCAUAUUGUCUUAGGUGCUGUGCUUGUUUAGGUGUUAUAGAGUGGGUGGGGAAGUGGCAUUUUGUAAUAUAUGUGUACAUAUAUACAUACAUACAGUAUAUCAUCUAAACGCUCUGAGAGCUGUUAUGUCAGGAAUGCUGAGUAUUAUAGCGUAUUGAGGUCAGAUGAAAUUCUACACUUGUGUGCAUUCUCCUGCAUCUCUUUCGGUGUUUCAGUGACUAUUACUCCAGCACUCAUAACUGGCUUUUAUCCUUUCUUCCGGUUUUUUAUUAGUUUUGUUUUUGUUUUUGGCUUGAUGCUUUUGGGUAUGUUACCAGUCACUUGAAAACUAACCCCCAACGCUUUUUUUUUUUUUUCCUGCUUUUUUUCUGGCAGCUAUAACAUCGGUAAGAACAUUAUGAAAAUAGCUUUUAAAAGAUUUUUUUUUUUUUUUUUUUUUUAAAGAAUCAUAUUGGGCUUGUGGUGUUUCGUUUGAGCAGGGGUUUUUGUCAGGAAAUGUUAUUUGAUGGUAGGUCAGCAUCAGUGCUAGUGUCUAAAGUACAAAAGCAGUUAGGCGGGCUGUCCAGUUAGAAGUUAUCUGGCUGGAGUUUGUCUCUCAGGACUCCUCCCUACUGUUUUCCAACAUUGAGGGUGAGUGACGUGGAAUCAUGCAAAGAUUGGGGCUUAGAAACAAACAUUUGUAUAACCCUUAGUGCUUUUACUUACUUGAAGUGACUAAGUCUAAAUGUCUUCUUUCCUGUUUAGAAAGCUUUAGUUCUCUGCCAACUCCAGUCAGCUAGUCACCUGAGUUGGUUUCUGUACCAAUAGCUGCUUCAUUUUCAGUUUCUUCCAGAGGCUUUUGUUUUGCCUUUGUAACACUGAAAACUCUUGGCAUAUCAUUCCCCAAGGCCUAGGACAAAAGUUGUAUAUUUACUUGGGAUUGUAUUUACAUAGAUUCUUUGUAAAUGUUCAGUGUAACUUGCACUUUUUUUAAUGACCCAGCAACUUGGGAAGUUCCCUCAUCAGCGAGUUCUCAACUGACCCUUUUGUCUUCCUCCUCUCUUCAGAUCAUGACUCCAUAAUGGAAGCUAUUCAUUGAUUACAAUAUCAUAGCUAGCCUUAAGCAUGUUAUAAAAGCUAAAUAUCUGGGAAUUAGAUUUGACUUGUCCAAUUAAUUAAAAGGUUAACUGAGACUUUUCAGAAGUAAAUACUGAAAGAAAAAUACUUAAAAUUUUAAAUUUCAUCCUCACCCCAACAUUAAUUCUGUAUAGAGUAUGCCAAAAAAAUUUCCAGAAUAUUACAAACUUUGUUACAGCAGUUAGCUUAUUGUCAUUGUGGGAAUCCAUGUAAUCAUCGUUACUAAAUCAUUUUAAUUUGGCUUUGUUGACUUCAAAGAAAUGCUGCCUAAACUUGACUGGUUUCAGCUUUGGGGGAAGUAAAGUAUGCUUUGUUAGGCCUGUAGGUGAAUUAUUUGUAAAAUAAACUUGUCCACUGAGUUGUACAAAGCACAACUAGAGUUUUUGUUGGGUGGCUUAUGUGUCUUGAUUACUUUCAAUGUUAGUAAUGUUGACUUUUUUAAGUUAAGUCACUGUUAUGUACUAGGAACUGGUUUCCUUGACUUUCUAGAAUCAAUGGCCAAGAGAGGCAUAUAAUCCUUGAGGGGUUGAACGUAUCAUGAAGUUGGGUCAGUAUGGAAGAAUUCCAAACAAAUCAAACAGGGUGCUGAAGUUCCGCUGACUCACUGCUCGUGGUGCGCUUACUGAUUGUGAAUGUAGUUUUUAAGCCUUUGUAUGUGUCCUCAGGGGCAGACAAACUUUAACAAGGACCAGAUAACAUUUGAAUGGAGGAAUUAUAUUUCAGGUGUUUUAGCUUGAAAUUUAUUUUUUAAAAAAAUAAAAAUUAAAAAAAAAAUAAGAGCAAAGUUUGAGAAGCAAGUUGGCAGUAUAAAAACAGGCAGAGCAAAAGCUGGCUGCCCUGUCCCCAUCCUGGAACUGUGUGGGCAGGUCCCAGCUGGGUAAAUGUUAAAGGAAGAUGAAUGAUCUAUAGGAAGAAUCUGAGAAGGGUCAAACAGUAGGAAACUCCUACUUUCCCAGGCUUGCCCACAGAAGGAUAGCGUUUCUAAGCUUCUGUCGGAGGGACGUCUCAGAGAUGAGAUGAAGUCUGAGAUGUUGAGCUAACCAGUUGGGAAGAAAGAUCACUGCAGAUCAUGAUCUGUUGGCCACAUGAAAUGAUUUAUUAUAUUUGGGAGGUUUUAUUUUCUUAUGUUUUUUAAAAUUGAAUUGGUAAAUGCUUUAUAGACGUAUUUUUACCCAGGUGCCACUUCAAUGUGUAUGUAAUAAAAUUAUUUAUAUUAAAAGUGGGAAAUUUUGUCAGCAUUUUUCUGUGCGUGUAGAUUAGGCUGGUGAAGAAGUGUGCUAGUUAGCAGUUUUCUGUGUAAAGCUGUCUUCGGCUGCUCUGUUCACAUCGGUUAUAAUGCCCCCAGGGGAAGGCAUCAUCUCCAAAUUAGACAUGUCACUUGAAACUUUUGAAAACAAAGUAACCAGGGAAGUCCUAGACUGGUAUUUGGCAGUUUGGUUUCUCCUUGACCACUGGAGUAGAGAAUAACUCCCCAGAACUGUCAGCACACAACAGGGUGUCAGCUUACCUCUGAUGUUUCUAUUGGAGUUGAGUACAGAUAACUAUGAGAAGGGAAAUACAUUUCUAUAGAUCCCCACAAUCUAGAAACAGCCCUGUUUAAAUUUUUUUACCUAAAUCUUUUUGUGUUUUAUGUGUAAAGAGUAAAAGUACCAAGAUACCAUGCAUUUUAUUAACACUGUGUACAUACUGGCUGCUUUGUGUUCAGAAUGGUAGCAGUUGCUUUGUAUAUUAAAGUGAUCCUUGUGAAUUUGUGAAAUAUUGUCAUAAAGUGCUUUUCUUACUGUAAUCUUUGUGGUAUCAACUGUCAUAAUGCCCUUUUUACACAGACAUUUAUGUGCGGUCACAUAAACAUGCUUUUAAAA